UCGAGUGCGCGCCAUUUCCGCCAACGCUCGAUCUCGUCUCGUGGUUGCUAGCUAGCUUAGUUCUGUGCUUAAUCUGCUAUGGCCAUUGAUGCGUCGUCCCUGUCUUUCGUGGCACGCCGGGGCGAGCCACAGCUGGUCGCGCCGGCGGGUCCGACGCCGCGCGAGCUCAAGCGGCUCUCCGACCUCGACGACCAGGAGGGCCUCCGGUUCUACCGCUCCGUCGUCCACUUCUACAGGGCUUCCCCGUCGAAGCGCCACGCCGACCCGGCGAGCGUCAUCCGCGACGCGCUGGCCGCGACGCUCGUGCACUACUACCCCGUCGCCGGUCGGCUUCGCGAGCUGGCCGGCAGGAAGCUUGUGGUGGACUGCACCGCCGAGGGGGCUUGCUUCGUCGCGGCAGACGCGGACGUCGCGCUGGACCAGUUCGGCGACACGCUGUGCCCGCCGGUCCCUUGCGCCGGCGAGCUCCUGUGCUUGCCCGAGAGCAACUCCGACGUCGUCAUCGACCGGCCCCUGCUCUACGUUCAGGUGACGAGGCUGAGGUGUGGCGGCUUCGUUCUGGGCAUCCAGAUGUGCCAUAGCCUCGUGGACGCGCCGGGAGGGGCACAGAUACUGCAAGCACUCUGCGAGCUCGCGGGAGGCAAGGAGGCGCCCAGCGUGCGGCCGGUGUGGGCGAGGGAGCUCCUCGACGCGCGCGACCCCCCGCGUCCCAUCUACGACCACCCCGAGUUCGAGCCCGCGUACGAGCCUGCCGCGGCCAAAAACGACAAGCUCCGGCCGGGCGACACGCUCGUGCACCGGGCGUUCCUCUUCGGCCCCGACGAGAUCGCUUCCCUAAGACAGCAGCUCCCGCCCCAGAUGAGGCCACGAUGCUCACGGUUCCUGCUCCUGUCGGCGUUCGCCUGGCGCUGCCGGACCGUGGCGCUCGAGUACGAGCCCGGCGACGAGGCGCGGUUCAUGUUCGCGGUGAACGCCCGCGGGAAGCUGCACGGCCGCCCGCUCCCGGAGGGUUUCUACGGGAACGCGCUCACGUACGGACUGGCGCGGACGACGGCCCGCGAGCUCUGCUCGGGCCCGCUGGGCCGGGCCGUGGAGCUGAUCACGGCGGCCGUAGCCCUGGCCGCGGCGGACGACUACGCGCAGUCGUCGGCGGACGCGCUGGUGCUGCGCGGGCGGCCGCGGUUCGCCACGGCGCGGGCGUAUCUGGUGUCCGACCUGACCAAGUCGAAGCUGCACGAGGCGGACCUCGGCUGGGGCAUGCCCGUCUACGGCGGGCCCGCCACGACGACUCUAUCCACGUUCCACAUCCCCACGGCAGGCGGCGCGAUUACUAUUCCGAUGUCCCUGCCGCCGCGCGCCAUGGAGAGAUUCACGGCUUGUGUGCGUGCGGGGCUCGACGGCGCUUCUUCGCGCCAGGGGUGCUCUGAGUCGGCCGAAUUUUCCGACAUGUAG